UUCUGCAUUUUGACAAAUGGGCAGUCCCUCUGGAGAAAUUUUCCUCCCCCUUGAGCCAACUAGCUUCACAAAUGACUCCAACGCAGUGAUUGAUUUCAUUGCUGACUACUACAAAAACAUUGAGGAAUACCCAGUUCAAAGCAGCGUUGAGCCUGGUUACUUGUCAGCAAAGUUGCCCGACUCUGCCCCUUAUUGCCCUGAAUCACUGGAAGAUAUACUCAAAGAUGUCAAUGAUUGCAUCAUACCAGGCCUUACUCAUUGGCAAAGUCCUAACUUCUUUGCCUACUUCCAAGCAAACGCUAGCACUGCUGGUUUUCUUGGAGAGAUGCUUUGCUCUGGUUUUAAUGUGGUUGGCUUCAACUGGAUUUCAUCUCCUGCUGCCACUGAACUUGAAUCCAUUGUCUUGGAUUGGAUGGGCAAACUGCUUAAGCUACCAUCUUCAUUUUUGUUCUCUGGAACUGGUGGUGGAGUCUUGCACGGUAGCACAUGUGAGACCGCAGUUUGCACUUUGACCGCAGCAAGAGACAAAGCCUUGAAAGAACUUGGUGGUUGGGAAAAUAUAACCAAAUUAAUGGUUUAUGCAUCUGAUCAAACGGAUUUCACUUUCCAAAAAGCUGCUAAAUUGGUAGGCAUUCCACCAUCAAAUUUUCAGUUCAUCGAAACAUCUUUAUCAACAGGGUUCUCAAUGUCAUCAAAACAAGUUCGUUUGGCUAUUGAACAUGAUAUCAAAUCAGGUUUGGUGCCAUUGUUCUUAUGUGCAACCAUUGGGACAACAGCCUGUGGAGCUAUUGAUCCCAUUGCAGAAUUAGGCAAAGUUGCCAGGGAAUACAAGCUUUGGCUCCACAUUGAUGCAGCUUAUGCAGGAAGUGCCUGCAUUUGCCCCGAGCUCAGGCAUUACCUUGAUGGAGUUGAACUUGCCAACUCUAUCAGCAUGAAUCCACAUAAAUGGUUUCUCACUAACAUGGAUUGUUGUUGUUUGUGGAUUAAGGAACCCAGGUUCUUAGUGGAUUCAUUGUCAACUGAUCCUGAAAUUUUAAGAAACAAGGCUAGUGAAUUCAAAGCUGUGUUGGACUAUAAAGAUUGGCAAGUCGCAUUGAGUAGACGAUUCAGGGCCUUGAAGCUUUGGAUUGCGAUCCGUAGGCAUGGCCUGGCUAACCUGAUGUACCACAUUCGCAGCGAUAUCAGCAUGGCCAAACGGUUUGAGGCAUUCGUGGCUAAAGAUGACAGGUUUGAGAUAGUGUUACCGAGAAAGUUUGCGUUGGUUUGCUUCAGGCUUAAGCCCAAACAAGAGCUUGAAGGCACAGAAUUGAACUGUAGACUGCUGGAGGCCGUAAAUUCAAGCGGGAGAGCUUUCAUGACUCAUGCAGUGGUGGGUGGGAUUUAUGUCAUUCGUUGUGCGAUUGGGACAACUAUGACUGAAGAACGCCACGUGGAUGCUUUGUGGAAACUCAUUCAAGAAAAAGCUCAAAGUUUAUUAAUGGAGUAGAUUAACUAACAAAUAAAUGAAGAAAUGGUUCUAAAUCUAAAUGUAAUUAUUUGUUGAUCAGUGGUGUUCACAGGUCAGGUUAUCUGCCCGAUUAUGUUUGGGUUUGGUCGUGAACUUUUGGA